ACCGUUGAUUCCUCGCUUGAGAAGAUGGCAAUUUGGAACGUAAAGACGUUCAACCGGCCGUUAUGAACAUUAAAGCUGUUGUUUCGACUGUCUCGGAAUUCCGGUAGGCCCCGUUCGUUGUCCGCUGCCCGUAAAACACUCACUCACUGAACUGAGCCUUGAUCGCUUUAGUCCAAAUUGGUGAGGGUCUUCGUUGUUCCGGCUUUGUCCCUCCUCCGUACCGAGACUUCUCAAGUGCGUGUUCCAUCGUCGGCCCAACCCCCAGCUGGCGCUUGUAGUUGUGCCUCGCCCAUGAUUCAUGGUCCACCGCCAAGCGCGUCCCUCCGAUUGUAAAAGCCUCAGGCCUGAAAGUCUUCUCAGGCUUUGUAGAGCAAUCACAGUGCAGAAUUGUUGUAGUUCACUCCACCCGAUUUCCUCCGAAGGCUAGACAGGCCGUGUAGAGGUUGAUUCUUUGGGCUGAUUCGCACCCGUGAUAUCAUCCCUAAUCCCAUCAUUUUUCAGCGCUCUCAUGCUCUUCAACAGCCCUCUUUUUUUGUCUCAUCUGGGUGAUAUUUCACUUUGGUGUAGUUGUUGAUCGAACCGCAAUUCUCACCCGGUUUACUUGUAAGAAUAUAUCGUUCGGAUUGUUCGUUGUUGCUCUUUCUCUCAAGCGUUGCCCCGGCUGACAUCCUCACACCCCCUGGUGAUAUCCACCCGUGUGGGCCCACCUAUCCUCACUUUCUUCCCGGCUCCAGACGCUUUCUCUCUUCCCUUUUCCUUUUCCCACUACCGCCCUGUCUUGUGCUGAGCUCCGUAUCUCUUUUCUUUAAACCUCCCAUCAGCCUCUCCCUCCCUCUUUCAACCAUCAACCAUCUCCCCUCACAAAUCAAUCACAAUGGCCUCUUCUCGUGUCUUUGCCUCUCGCCUGGCCUCCCAGAUGGCCGUCAAGGCCGCUCGCCCUGCUGUCCGCGCCAACGUCGCUGCUGCCAGCAAGCGAACCAUCUCUGGCGUCAGCCCCCUCCAGGCCAUGAAGCGUCAGACUCUUCUCCAGGCCACCACCCGCAACGCCUUCCAGGUCCAGCGCCGUGCCUACUCCUCCGAGAUCGCCCAGGCCAUGGUUGAGGUCUCCAAGAACUUGGGUAUGGGUGCCGCCGCCAUCGGUCUUACCGGUGCCGGUAUUGGUAUCGGUCUUGUCUUCGCCGCUCUCCUCAACGGUGUUGCCCGCAACCCUGCCCUCCGUGGUCAGCUCUUCUCUUACGCCAUUCUGGGUUUCGCUUUCGUCGAGGCCAUCGGUCUUUUCGAUCUGAUGGUUGCCCUCAUGGCCAAGUUCACUUAAGUUAUUACCCAACCCAUUGGGUAGACUCGUGCCGAAUGAUCGAGUCAACGACACGGAGGAGGCUGCUGAGCGUUGUGCAUUAAACUGUGUCUUGAAAAAUUCGACACGGGUGCACCUGACGCCAGCUUGCACGAUAGAGGGGAGGUUGUCUUGUAAUAGACGGGAUAGAGAACUGGGAUGGACAUUGAUCAUAGACACUUGCUAUGAUUAGAGUUGGGGAAAUUCUGCAUAAUUCCUCCCAGGGAUCGACUUGUAAAAUAAAAAGCCUCAUUCAUCCCGCUUUCUCCAAUGCAUUAGGAUAUUUCCUUUUUUCAUCACUCAAUGAAUUGCCUUGUUAAG